AACACCGGGAGCUUGGUUCGCUUCGUUGCAUGGGGGACUCACUGCCUAUCCAAAAGGCAGAGCCAGUCCCCUGACCAACAGACUAAUUCAUUUGAAUUAGUUCAUGGAUUUAAUCAUCGCCGAUGUCACGAGAUACGUAACGGAUACGGGGAUUAAUAUUACAGGCACCGAGAGUUUACACCGCGCCCGGUGUACUGACAUUCUCUGCAACGACUCGGUAUAUUAAACCGGUGCCUCGGUAACGAGACCGACGGAGAACAUCAGUUAUUUCAGUAAGGCUAUCGUGCCAUUUCGAUAUACCAUGGUUCCGGGAUUUGAAUAGGUAGGCUAUCGUAACGAUACCAACUGGGAGUCAUUAGAACAAAAAGCGCUCCUUUAAUUUUCUACGCCUGCUUCGCGGCAGCAGGUUGGGGUAACAGCCACCACCACCAGGAUUGCACAAGUCUCCAAUUCACAUGGGCGAAGGCAGGGCUCGGUUCUGCUUUGGUUGGACCCGGGCUCGCUGUCAAGAACAAGACAAAGGUGUGUCGGACCCUGGGAGGGAACCAGAAACGCGAGAGAGAUGGGCCGAACUGUUCGACCAACUGGACCUCAAUAAAGACGGUAAAGUCGACAUCAACGAGCUGAGGAUAGGACUCGCUGCCCGCGGUUUACUUCGCAGUGACGCGGAGGAGAUAGUGCGUGAGAGUGACACCAACCAUGAUGGCUUGCUGGACUUUGAGGAGUUCUCUCAGUACCUGUGGGCCCACGAGAAGGAACUGCGGCUCAUGUUUCACACACUGGACCGCAACCAUGACGGGCGCAUUGAUGUCGGGGAGAUUCAACAAUCGCUGCACAACCUGGGACUGGAGGUGUCCACAGAACACGCCAUCAAAAUACUACAGAGUAUGGACAGGGACGGCACCAUGACUAUCAACUGGAAUGAGUGGCGAGAUCACUUCCUGUUUAACCCUCUUCACAACAUGGAGGGCAUCGCCCACUACUGGAAACAUUCUCUGAUGUUUGACAUCGGAGAGCACAUGACAGUGCCUCCAGAGUUUUCCCAACAAGAGCGCCAGUCGGGGGUAGUGUGGAGGCAGCUGGUUGCCGGGGCGAUGGCAGGGGCGGUUUCACGUACAGGAACCGCCCCCCUCGACCGUCUCAAGGUCUUCCUACAGGUGCAUGGCUCCAGCUCUAGGGGGAUCAACCUGUGGACGGGGCUGAAGGGGAUGGUCCAGGAGGGGGGUAUACGAGCCCUCUGGAGGGGCAACGGCAUCAACGUCCUCAAAAUAGCCCCAGAGUCUGCCAUCAAGUUCAUGGCCUAUGAACAGAUCAAGUGGUUGAUCCGGGGCAGAAAUGAAGCAGGUACUCUGCGGGUGCAGGAGAGGUUCAUCGCUGGCUCUCUGGCUGGAGCCACUGCACAAACCAUCAUCUACCCUAUGGAGGUGCUGAAGACUCGUCUGACCCUGAGGAAGACUGGCCAGUACUCUGGCAUUGUAGACUGUGCCCGUCAGAUCCUGAGGAAGGAGGGGGUGCGAGCCUUCUACAGGGGCUACGUGCCCAACACACUUGGCAUCAUACCGUAUGCUGGCAUAGACCUGGCCGUCUAUGAGACUCUGAAGAAUGCCUGGCUCCAGCGAUACAGUAAGGGCUCUGCUGACCCAGGGGUGUUGGUACUGCUGGGCUGUGGUACUGUGUCUAGUACCUGUGGACAACUGGCCUCCUACCCCCUGGCUCUCAUUAGAACACGUAUGCAGGCCCAGGCCUCCACUGAGGGCGGGCCCAAGCUGUCCAUGGUCGGUCAGUUCAAGCACAUCAUAUCACAUGACGGGGUACCUGGGCUCUACCGCGGCAUCGCCCCCAACUUCCUGAAGGUCAUUCCUGCUGUCAGCAUCUCGUACGUGGUAUACGAACACAUGAAGAAGGCUCUGGGUGUGAAAUCGUAGAGAGAGGAAGUGAGAGGCAGACGAAAGAGAGGGAUAUAGAGUGGAGCUCUUGGAUUUCAAGAUGGAGAGGAAGACAGCAGAGGAUUGAGGGAUAGAAGACCGAUAGUCCACCCUUUUCAUACACAUUCAGGAAGCUUCCCGUUUACACCUAGCUAGACAGAUAUACUCACUGUUUGAAUCUCUCUGCCCCUCAAUGAUGCUGUACCGUCAUUAAGAAAGAGGGAAGAGUCUGCUAUCAGGCUGAGCUGAAGUCUGUAAGAAACGGCUGUGUCCGAGACAGAUUAGGAGGAGGAGGUGUGAGAGAGAGGAAUGACAGCGAGAGAGGAAUGAGAGCGAGAGAGAAAGUGGAAGAGAGAGAGAGAGAAAGAGUGUGUGUGUCUCGGCAGAAUCUGGGCCAUUCUUCCUCUUUGUUUAUGAGCUGUAAACCCCAUUGUAGUCACAUCUCAACAAUAAGUCUGUGUGUUGCCCUCCAACCAAACACAGUGAAGCGCACAGUACAGUUUGUAUACCUAUAUGUAGGCACUUAUCUAAGGUCAGUUUAAUGUUUUGUGAAUAUAAAGUGAUCUUCCUCCAA